UUUUUUUUUUUUCUACUAACAAUAAAAAAUAAUAAAAAGUAUGCCAAAGCCAGCUAUUAAGAAGACAAUACAAGGCAUCUAUGAAGCAACGUUUAGUGAAGUUGGUGAUCAAUUUCUAGAUGUGUUAGUUAAAGAAAUUGCAAUACUUUUUAACGUACAAACAGUAAUGAUCCAUCGAUUACUAUCAGCCAAAGAGUUCAGAGAUAUGAAACACAGUGAAGGAUGCCCAUCGAUUCAGCUUAUCAAAACCCCCAACGCUCAUUUAUCAGCAGACGAACAGUAUCUAUUUAUUAAAGCUUGUCAUUCUACUUUACCCCAGCAACCCGCUUUAGCCAAAUAUUCUGCCGUCGCACUAUCUUCAUUUCCAGACAACUCACCGCAUAUAAAAACAUUGGAGGAUGCAGCUCAUUAUGUCACACAAGAUGCAUCAUUGUCAGGCACAGUGUAUCCCAGUUACAGUAGCUUUGUAGGACUUCGACUAGACUUAGAUUCACGAGAGCCAAUAGGCCUCAUCUCUAUUAUGCAUGACAAAUCAUUAGAAAAGCAACAGUUAGACCAUAUUUCCUGUAUUCUCAAAGCAGUGCAAAGGAGAGUUACAAACGAAAUCAGCCGUUUGAGACAAAGAGACAAUCUUAUUGUGAUCAAGAAUGCUGCCUUGCAAGAUGCAGAAUAUAAACUAAGGUUUUUAGCAGAUAUGAGCCAUGAAAUAAGAACGCCAUUAAAUGCUGUGGUUGCAUUAACAGACCUGCUGCUUCAAGAGAAACAAUCACUGAAUGAAGAACAAGUUGAACAUUUACAAGUAAUACAAACAAGUGGAAAUCAUUUGUUGACAGUGAUAAACGACAUAUUGGACUUUUCAAAGAUGAAUCAUGGUUCAAAAUUCAAGCUAGAAUACAGAAAGUUUAGCUUAAGAAAAUGCAUCAAAGAUGCUUUAAAUAUGGCCCGACAUCAAGCUGCUAAUUCUCAAUACCCCAAACAGAUUCACAUAGUUGAAUGUCCUUUGGAAAUAAAAGACGACAUUCCAGUACCUCAACUCCUUCAACAACUAGAAGCAUCCGGCAUACUUGCACAUAAACAUGGUACGAACCAACAGACAUCCCUACCAUUCAUUUGGAAAGUAGAUCCUGAUAUACCCGAUUACCUCAUGGGUGAUUCGAUGCGACUUACUCAAAUUUUGAUCAAUCUUUGUUCAAAUGCUGCCAAGUUUACCAAGCAAGGCGGCAUACACAUUAAGAUAUCAAAGCCCGAUACAGAUAAAUCCAACUUUAGGGAGCGCUACGAUGCUCGUGUAGAAAGUGUCUAUCAAAAAUAUGCCAUGCGACGGAGGAAAAAAGCACCGAUGGUAACCAGUAGUGAUUCGAGUGACAGCUGUUACUAUUAUGAGACAGAGGAUGAGCAGACAGUACCUCAAGAAGAUCAAAAUGGACGUGUCGUUCUCGAGAUUUCAGUGACGGAUACGGGCAUUGGUAUGCCGGCUUCUCGGCUUCCUUUACUCUUUAAAUCCUUUUCUCAGAUUGAUAUCUCAACUGCGAGAAAGUACGGCGGUACAGGUCUCGGACUAGCCAUCUCAAGCAUGCUUGUCAAUCGUAUGGGUGGUGGUCUCUGGGUUGAGUCCGAAGAAGGAGUUGGAUCACGAUUUGCUCUCACUUUGCCCAUAGCGAUCGCUCAAGAUAUACCUACUUCCCCUUCCUCCUCUAUCUCUAGUACCGAAAGUCUCUGUACGCCUCGACCUUCUGAACCAAAAGCGCAAUCUACUAUUCAAACUAAUAUUCAUAGUCAUAGUCAUAAUUUACAACAUAAUAAUAUACCCGACACCAAGUCAACAGCAUCAGGAUUACAAAACAUGAUUUCAAAAACACAUCGACCAGAGACUGUGCCUAGAAAGGUGCAGCAGGAAGAGAAUCUGGCUUUAGAACAUCCAAUCAAGGUUUUACUGGCAGAAGACAAUAUCUUAAAUCAGAAAAUUGCUUUGAGUAUAUUAAAGCGAUUAGGAUAUCAAGAUGUGACCAUUGCAUCCAAUGGAAAAGAAGCACUGGAUUUAAUACUCAAACAAGAGUUUGAUGUUGUAUUUAUGGACCUUUAUAUGCCUGAAAUGGAUGGACUAGAAGCAACAAGACAUAUCAGACAGGAACUCAAAAAGAACGUCUAUAUUAUUGCCUUGACCGCUUCUGCUUCAAAGCAGGAUCGUAAUAUCUGUAUAGAGUCAGGUAUGAAUGACUUUAUUAGCAAGCCAUUUACAAUGACAGAAAUGAAAGCAGCAUUAAGAAAAGUGUAUACAGCCAAAUAAAGAAAAACAAUUAGAGUAAUGGACAUGAGUCAUAGAAGAUAAAAGAUGUCAAACCCUUUUUCAUAACAGGUAAAAGGGGUUCUUUUGAGCAUAUUUUACACUAUUCAGAAAUUAUUCGCACACUG